AUGUUGCUGUUUUUUGCUUUCUACUUUAGUCUUCUCGGUGAACUAAGUGGCCAAGUUGGUGGCCUUAGACCGGCUGGUGGUGGCGAGGUUGGUGUCGGGUUAAUCGUUGAUACGGGAUCGAGGGAAGGAAAGCUUAUAUAUAGCUUUGUUUCCAUGGCGAUUUCCGAUUUCAAUAGCUUUCGUAGGGACAAUCAAAUGAGGAUAGCUCUUCAUACAAUAGACUCCAAAGGGAACCCUUUACAUUCUUCAUCUGACGCAUUUUACCUCUUGGAGAAGGCGAAAGUCAAGGUCAUCCUGAUCAGUGCACAAAAAUCAACAUUAGACACAAAGGUUUUGGCUGAGUUUGGAAAUCAAACCAAAAUUCCAGUAAUCUCAAUUUCAAGCUCCACCAUUGAUGACGACCUGAACACAUUACUAUGGCCUGGUGGGACAUCAACCAUUACCAAAGGUCGAAUGAUGCAAACAAGAACUAAUAAGACCCUGAAGAUUGCUGUUCCAAAGUCAAACGGGUUCCCUCAAUUACUGAAAGUGGACCCUGAUCUUCAAACCAAUACCACCAUUUUCUCUGGUUUCUGCAUAGCUGUUUUCGAAGCUGCAAUAGCGGGUUUGAAGUAUCAAGGGUCAUAUGAGUUUGUCCCCUUCGAAUAUAAUAACCCAAACAUCGGUGAGGCUUACAAUGAUCUUAUCUACCAAGUAUAUCUCCAGGUAUGGUUCGUAACAAUUUUAUCUGGUUCGUUUAUGCCACUUGCUUUCACUGAUUGUGCUAUGGAUAAACAAAAACAGAAGUACGAUGGUGCUGUUGGGGACAUAACAAUCAAUGCAAAUAGAUCUUUGUACGUAGAUUUCACUAUGCCAUUUACCGAUAUAGGAGUGGGGAUGGUUACUCGGUUAACUCCAAAGGACAACCAAAACUUGUGGAUUUUCUUGAAACCACUAACACCAGGACUUUGGCUUACAAUUGUGGGAGCUUAUGUGUUAGCAACUUUUGUUAUUUGGCUAAUCGAACGUCCUGCAUUAGCUGAGCAACAAACCCAGCAAUCAAAUGGGCAAAUUGGAAGGAUGAUUAGCUUCUCCUUCUCCAUCCUUGUUUUUGCACAAUGGGAGAAAUUAACCAGCAAUUUGUCGAGAUCCGUGGUUGUUUUGUGGGUGUUUGAGAUGUUCAUAGUGGGUUCGAAUUACACCGCGACCUUGACAUCAAUGUUGACGGUCCAACAUAUCGAGUUCAUCUCAAAGGUGGACAACAUAGGACAUCGAUUAGGUCCUGUUACCCAAGAAGUUGUUGGCAUUCUAAACAUCCAGAAUUCUAGUUCAACUUCUAAAUGGCUUACUUCACCUGCAGAAUUUGAAAAAGCUUUAUCGGAAGGUAGUAAAAAUGGUGGCUUCUCUGCUAUAAUUGAUGAGAUGCCAUACAUCAACGUCUUCCUAGAAAAAUAUUCAACACAUUAUUCUAUGGUCGGCCCUGUCAAUCGUACCACCAAUGGCUUUGGCUUUGUAUUUUCAAAGGGUUCAACCUUGGCUCGAGACAUAUCAAGGGAAAUAGCAAAACUCAGAGAAGAUGGGAGACUUGAAAUGCUUGAAAAUGUGUGGUUCAAAAGUUCAACCACUAAUUUCGAUUCAAGGGAUACUUUCAACAGUGUGAACCCACUUACAAUAAGUGACUUUCGAGGCUUAUUCUUUUUCAGUGGAACCUUUUCAGCUUUAGCCGUUCUCUUGUUUUUUGCUUCCUUGCUUCGCAAAAACUUUCAUGUUAUGAAAAAAUGGGGACAACCUAAGAUUGUGAAACAAUACGUUUGCAUGAAAUUUUUCAAAAAUAGAAAAGACGCCAAUGUAAUACACCCAGAGUUUGAUAAUCUCUAA